AUGGCGCUUGCGCGCUUAAUUUUAGUUGCCGGUAGUUUUGAUGGCGCUGCGGGUUCUGUUUCAAUGACGUCAGGAUACUUAAGUACCAUACAACAGUCAAUAAAUUACGAAUGGAAUCUUCAAGAUUUUCCAAGGUUUGUACGUAAUAUAGAUUUGACAAUUAAAUCACCAGAACUUCGAGCCGAUUUCACACCUGGUACUUUGUGGUAUGUAAAGUUGUAUUUUCAUAAUGACAGCUCAGACAAAAAAGAGUGGAUAUCGGUAUCACUGAAAUCACAGUCUGAAAAUCCGGAAAAAUUGAAACAGUGGUCAAUUUUUAUUUUAAAUAAUAAAAAAGAAAUGGUGCUUAUCAAACAAUUUGAUAUUACUCCAACUAAUAAUCCCUUUGUUAAUUCAUAUCAAAACUUGAUUGAGAAAAAAAAAAUUUUAAACAACAGAGAUGAAUUUUUAUUUCAUGACACAUUGACUAUAGGCAUAAAGUUGGUUGUACAAUUUGACGUUUCACCAAGUGACAUUAAAUUUCUUCCAAACUUAACGAAAAGAUGUAUCGGAGAUGAUUUAAAGGAACUUUUAAAGAAUAUGACCGAAUGUGAUGUUACUUUGAUAGUAAAGAAUGAAGAAUUUCAAGCACAUAAGAUCAUUUUGAUGACACGCAGCCCAGUGUUUACCGCAAUGUUUUCUCAUGAAAUGAAAGAAAAAAAAGACAAUACAGUAACUAUACCAAACGUCGAUCCAGUGAUAUUUAAGAGAAUAUUAGAAUUUAUUUACACUGAUAAAGUUGAAAAUCUUGAAGUUUACGCUGAAAGAUUGCUUGAAGUCGCAGAUCAGUAUCAAUUGUCAUAUCUGAAAGAGCUUUGUGAAGAAUCAAUUGAAAAAUCUCUAACUAUUGGAAACGUUUUCAAGAUAAUGACAUUGGCUGAUCAUGCAAAUUCUGAGCAAUUAUUAGAUCGUUGUAUGUACGUGGCUGCUGCUGAUAUUAAUUCAAUAAUAAUUACUAAAGGAUACAAAGAAGCCAUCUCAUCUCCUCAAUCGACACGGAUACUAUCAAAACUACGUAAAGUUGUGAAACAUGUUGGCUACCACGAGUGGAAAAUAGAAAAUUUUUCACCACUUAUUGAUGUCUCAGAGUUGAUCGUCGGCAAGCCAACAUUCCUGGAGUCCUUGAGCUUCACCGUAGAAAACACAGUUCCGAACUCGUGGUAUUUGAGGAUGGGAUUCGAUGGAAAUAAAUCAGGUAAUAAAGAUUGGAUAUCAAUAAGCUUGGCAACUACUGAAAAAACUGAGCCGGUGCGAGCUAUGUGUUCGCUUUUUAUUCUAAAUAACAAGAACGAAAAGAAAUUUAUUCAGUGCUUCAACAAUAUUGACAAAAGUUCCAACAUUGCUUGGUACUCAAAGAAGUUUCUGGAGAUUAAAACACUGCUGGACAACAGAGAUGAAUUUUUGCCAAAUAACCAGGUAACUAUCGGUACUGAGGUUAUCAUUUACGACUUUUACGUAGCUCCAGUUGGGAUCAAAGAGUCAUCGAAAACUCCCAAGCAUUCUAUUUAUGACGAUUUAAAGCAGCUUCUUGUUAGCGGUGUUGCCAGCGACGUGACUUUACUUCUGGACAACAAAGAGUUCAAAGUCCACAAAGCCAUUUUGAUGGCACGUUGUCCAGAGUUUUUAAAAACGUUCAGUGACACUGAAGAUAACGCGAUGAACGGGAAGAAAGUAAUGCCGAAAAUGGAUCUAAAGACCUUUGAAAUGGUGUUGGAAUUUAUUUACACAGACAAAAUCUGUGACUUGGAAGACAACGUUGUGCUUUUGCUGGAAGCUGCUGAUAAAUUCAAGCUUCAGCCACUCAAGGAUAUGUGCGAAGAGCUUCUGUCAAAAUCUAUUGACAUUGACAAUGCUAUUCGAAUCAUGGAUCUGGCUUAUCGCAGUAACGCUCUCCAGUUAUUGGAACUCGUUACUCAAUUUAUUGUUGCUAAUAUUACAAAAGUAAUGAAGACUCCGACGUAUGCAGAAGUUAUUAAUGUCAAUCCGAGCAUUUCUUCUAUUCUCGUUGAAAGACUCGCAACCUUACUUCAAGUUCCUUGUUUAACGAUGACGGUUGACAAUAAACUCGGUGAGCACAAGCUCAACUACGAGUGGCAAAUUGACGAUUUUUUAUCAGUGAUCCAGCGACCGAGCUUUACGGCCAACAAAGAUGGAUUUCUCCAGUCGCCAACAUUUUCAGUCGAAGGAACGUCUAAAAACCUGUGGUACUUAAGAUUGCGUAUGUUGGAAGAGAAUUCCAGCAACAAGGAAUGGCUGUCAUUGUCAUUGACUACUCUCAACAAAGAGACAGAAGCAACCAGAGCUAGCUGUGUAUUAUUUAUUCUGAACAACAAACAAAAAAAAAAAUUCGCCCAAAUUUUCUGCAACAGCUUCGUAAGCUCCCACAUUGACUGGUGCUGCGAAAAGUUUAUAGAUAAAAAUUUACUGAUUGACAAGAAGGAUGAGUUUUUGCCCAACAAUAUGCUUUCAAUAGGAAUUGAGCUGACAAUUUUCGACGGACCUAUCAACUCUGUUGAUGAACUGGCAAGUAUUUCAAACCGUACUAUUAUUGGUGAUCUAAAAAAACUUCUUAACCAUAAAGAAGGCAGUGACAUCACUCUACUCGUCGGUGAUCAAGAGUUUAAUGUCCACAAGGCCAUUUUGGUGUCCCGCAGCCCGGUGUUCUGCAAAUGGCUGCUCAAUUCACCGAAGGAACACAUGGUUGAAGAAAACAAAUUAAUUCUAACAAAUUUCGAUGUCCAGACUUGCAGAAUGAUGCUGGAGUUUAUUUACACGGACAAAGUUGAAAAUUUAGAGAGUAACAUCGAGAAUUUACUUGGAGCAUCUGACUUCUAUCAGCUGAAAGGUCUGAAGGAAAUCUGUGAAGAGCAUCUCUGCGAGUCAAUUAUUAUCGAGAACGUUGCAAGGAUAAUGGUUUUGGCGUACCGCCACAGCGCAAAACAAUUGUUCGAUUACGCAAUCGAUUUUGGAGCUAUCAACAUUCAACAAGUCAUGAAAACAAGGUACUAUGUCGAUGUUACUCAGUUUUAUCCGCUUAUAUCAACUAUGCUUCUUGAGAAACUUGCAAACAUUAUUGCUGCGCCGUCUACACCGCAGAGUCCUGAAGUCAUGAAAUUUUUUUCUAACGAACAAAGAUUGUAA